UGCCCAAUGAAAAUAGAUGGCGAACCUCCCCGCUAAAAUCAGUAUUUUUUCUUUCUCUCAUACUCCCCCUACUCUUUCUUUUGUUAUUGUAUUAUAUAUGUCCUUAUUACGUUUAUUUACCACUAAGACUUUAUUUAAGCCUAAUGCUAUAAGAACCUUCUCCACUACACCAAGCAUGUUUCACGGUAAAGAAGGUAUCGCUCGCGGUGAAGGCCCAUACACAGUUCAUUUUGUUACAUCUGAAGGUGAAACAAUUGAUGUUAAAGCAACGAAAGGAGAUACCAUGUUGGAUCUUGCUCAAAGAUACGAUAUUGACCUUGAAUGUGCUUGUGAAGGAUCACUGGCAUGUUCGACUUGCCAUGUUAUUUGUGAUCCAGAAUAUUAUGAUAAAAUGGAAGAACCUUCAGAUGAAGAGAAUGAUAUGCUGGAUUUAGCUUUUGGUUUGACUGAAACAUCUCGUUUGGGCUGUCAAGUUGAGAUGAAUGAUGAAUUAGAUGGAAUUACAGUUCGCAUUCCUUCAGCGACUAGAAACAUGAGAGUUGAUGGUUCCAAGCCUACCCAUCAUUAAGAAGUGUGAAGAUAUAGAUAGAUAGAAAACAUUCAAUUUGAAUAAAAGGUCAAUUUUGAAUUUA